GAGAGAGAGAGGAAUCCCAUUCGCCGUUACCUGCGCGUCGCGGAACUCCUUGCCGGUCCAACGAAGUCUACCACAAGAAGCUGAAUUCAAGCAAAGAGGAGAUAUAUUAGGGCGCAGGCGGUGCUCACGGCCUCGUUCCGCUGUCUCCUUCCCGCUUUCUUCUCCUCAUUUACCCGCCUCUCGCCAUGGCCGAUUCUGCCUCUGACGAUUUGGACCCGCUCCUCGACAGCGCUUUGGACGAUUUCUCGAAGCUCGGUCUCGCUCCGGCCGCCCAGAGGAGCGAUGGUGAUGGAGACGACGGAGAGGGAAGGGCUACGUUGCCGUCGAUGGCUUCGGCUCCGCGGGUGCAGGGACUGGGGAUGGGAUUGCCGGACUUGGGCGGCGCGAGGACGAAGGCCCAGCAGAGGGCCCGGCCCGGUGGGUCCCACGCCUCCGAGGCGCUCGAGAAGCUGACGCAGCUGACGCGUGAGGCGGUGAGGGGCCUGGAGUCCGCCACGGGGGCCGCCGUCCCCAGAGGCGGCGAUGCUGGGUUUGAUGAGGACAGGAUGGUCGGCGAGUUAGUCAAGCAGUUUGAGGAGCUCGCAGGCUCGCAGGAUGUGGAAUCUAUUGUUGAAACUCUUAUGCAACAGCUUUUGUCUAAAGAAAUUCUGCAUGAGCCCAUGAGGGAAAUUGGAGAAAGAUAUCCAAAGUGGUUGGAAGAGCACAAAAAUGAUCUGAACCCGGAAGAAUAUGACUGCUAUUAUCGCCAAUAUGAGCUUAUAUUGAAGCUAAAUGAUGUUUAUGAAAAUGACCCUGAAAACUUCUCCAAGAUUGUUGAUCUCAUGCAGACUAUACAGGAAUGUGGUCAACCACCCAGUGAUAUUGUACAAGAACUUGCUCCUGAUCUUGAUCUAAGCAACUUUGGCCAAUUUUCCCCUGAUCAACUCGAUGCCACAUCCGAUUGUUGUAUAAUGUGAGAACGGAGAGGGGCAUUUUUUUACAAUAUGACAAAUAAUUAGCUGGUUUCUUCUUCCCCUAAUAUGUUAACAAUGAGUUAUUUCUUGUCAGUUUUUUCUCUGAUUCUUUGCUGUGAAAGACGUUUAAUAGCCAAUAUAUGAAGAAUAUUGUAUUUCCAAACUUUGCAAGGAUAUAUAUGUAACUCUUGAAGUUUAAGCA